AUGAAGCCUCAGAAUCCGAAGAUAAUGUUGGAAGAGAGGAUCAAGAAGAUAUUGACAAAAAAAAACCUAAACUCUGAAGAUCUCGACACCGUUUCCAAGCUACAAAAAACCCAUAGAUAUGUUGAUAUAAUGCAGAAAGUGGAAGAGGCUCUGGCUCUCGGGAUGGAUUCGAACGGAACUAUAUCAGAGAACAGUCCUGAAUACAAACUCAUCGUGGAUUGCAAUCAGCUCUCUGUUGAUAUCGACAACGAAAUCGUCAUUGUCCACAACUUUAUCCGUCACAAGUACAGACCUAAAUUUCCAGAGCUUGAGUCGCUUGUGGCUCACGCAACCGAUUACGCACGCGUUGUCAAACAGAUUGGGAACAAGACGGAUUUAACCUCCGUCGAUCUGGAAAGGGUUUUAACACGAGACAAACCUAAAGCUAGAGCUACUAUUACGCCUAUUCUGCUUCUACAUUCAACCACAAAAGGGAAAAGUAUGCCAGAGGACGUCCUGCAAAAGACGAUCGAAGCAUGCGACCAUGCUAUUGAUCUUGAUUCCGCAAGGGACAAGAUCCUUGAGUUUGUCAUAACGAAGAUGGGAUGUCUCGCACCGAACCUUUCAGCCAUUGUCGGGAGUGAUGUUGCAGCCAAGCUUUUAGUGACAGCUGGAGGUUUAUCAGCACUUGCUAAAUUGCCUUCGUGUAAUGUUCAACUUCUUGGCCAUAAGAGGAAGAAUCUUGCUGGCUUCUCUACUGCUUCGUCACAGUGCCGUGUUGGCUAUCUGGACCAGACUGAUAUUCUCCAAAAGACGCCUCCUGGACUUCGGUCGCGCGUUAUCAGGUUCUUGGCUGGAAAAUCUGUUUUAGCAGCAAGAAGUGACGCUGCUAGAGGAGACACGUCGGGGACAUAUGGGAAAGCCUUGAGGGAAGAGAUCGUCAAGAAGAUUGAAAAGUUGCAAGAACCUGGUGUUGCGAGACAGCCUAAGUCACUUCCUGUUCCAGAUAUGGAGCCUAAGAAGAGAAGAGGCGGUCGACGCCUGAGGAAGAUGAAAGAAAGGUACGCAGUGACGGAGAUGAGAAAGCUUUCCAACAGAGUGGCGUUUGGUGUAACAGCAGAAGAGAGCUCGCUUGGUGAUGGGUUGGGUGUUGGUUAUGGAAUGCUUGGACACGCUCAGAGCAACAGGCUGCGAGUUUCCGCUGUCCAGAGCAAGCUGAAAGUUAAUGCUAAGCUCAUGAAGAAGCUCAAAGAAAGACGGUAUACAAGUGGUACUAGUACUAGCUCGUCCGGUUUGAUGUCGAGUCUUGCUUUUAAUUCUGUGCAGGGAAUAGAGCUGUGCAAUCCUCAGGCUCAAGGGUUAAGCAGCGGGACUCAGAGCACUUACUUCGCAGACUCAGGAACCUUCUCCUCCAAGAAGAAAUGA